AUGAGCUGCAGCAGCUGCUUCAAUAGCAUCAACACCAACACAAAUUCAGCAGCAGCAGCGGCAGCAGCAAUAGCAACAGCAGCAGCACAGCACCACCGCACCAACCACCACCUUCACCACCCGUGCGACCAGCAGCAGCAGCAACAGCAGCAGCAGCAACAGGAGCAGCAGCAGCAACAGCAGCAGCAACAGCAGCAGCAGCAACAGCAGCAGCAGCAACAGCAACAGCAGCAACAACAGCAACAGCAGCAACAGCAGCAGGAGCAGCAACAGCAGCAGCAACAGCAGCAGCAGUAUUUUACCUCUAUGAUGCCCGUGCUGCCGUGUCUGAAUAGCAUGAGGUCUCGUACUUUUUCUAAUCUAUGA